CGCCGCCCUCCUUGUCCGCCCGUCCGUCGGUCAGUCCGCUUUGGCGGAGUCGGGCUGGUGCCUUGACGGGAUGGAGUGACCGGAAGUUUCCCUCCCGCCAGUUCUGUCGCCGCCGCCGCCGCCGCCUCUUGCCCGCCCGGGGCUCAUGCAGCCCCCUCAGAGACCAUGGGGUCCCGCAUUAAGCAGAAUCCAGAGGCAACAUUUGAAGUCUACGUCGAAGUGACUUACCCAGCGGUACCAGGUGCAGAUCCUGAGGUGCGGAGGCAAUUCCCAGAGGACUACAGUGACCAGGAAAUUCUACAGACUCUGAGCAAGUUCUGCUUCCCCUUCUAUGCGGACAGCAUUGCAGUCGGCCAAGUGGGCCAGAACUUCACUUUUGUGCUUACAGACAUUGACAGCAAACAGAGGUUUGGAUUCUGCCGCUUAUCUUCCGGGGCCAAGACCUGCUUCUGUAUCUUAAGUUACCUCCCAUGGUUCGAAGUCUUUUAUAAGCUGCUCAACAUCUUGGCAGACUACACAGUGAAAGGCCAGGAGAGCCAGUGGUAUGAACUCCUAGAAACACUUUAUAAACUGCCGAUUCCUGAGCCAGGUACUUCUGUUCAUCUCAGUGUGCACUCUUACUUUACUGUGCCUGACACCAGAGAACUUCCCAAUAUACCUGAAAAUAGGAAUCUGACUGAGUAUUUUGUAGCUGUCGAUGUCAACAACAUGCUGCACCUCUAUGCCAGUAUGCUGUAUGAACGCCGCAUCCUCAUUUUCUGCAGUAAGCUGAGCACUUUAACUGCCUGCGUCCAUGGCUCUGCAGCGAUGCUCUAUCCAAUGUUUUGGCAACAUGUUUACAUCCCCGUUCUUCCCCCACACCUCCUGGACUACUGCUGUGCUCCAAUGCCCUACCUCAUAGGAAUACAUUUAAGCCUAAUGGAGAAGGUUAGAAGUAUGGCCCUGGAAGAUGUUGUCAUUCUUAAUGUUGACACGAAUACACUGGAAACACCUUUUGAUGAUCUUCAGAGUUUGCCAAACGAUGUGGUCUCUGCACUGAAGAGCAGGUUGAAGAAAGUGUCCAUGACGACUGGAGACGGGGUGGCGAGAGCGUUCUUGAAGGCCCAAGCUGCUUUCUUUGGGAGCUACAGAAGCGCCCUGAAGAUUGAGCCUGGGGAGCCCAUCACGUUCUGCGAAGAAACCUUUGUCUCCCACCGGUCUGCCACCAUGCGGCAGUUCCUGCAGAAUGCCAUCCAGCUGCAGCUUUUCAAGCAGUUUAUUGACGGCCGCCUUGACCUUCUUAACUCUGGAGAAGGCUUCAGUGAUGUUUUUGAGGAAGAGAUCAACCUGAGCGAAUAUGCUGGUAGUGACAAGCUCUACCACCUGUGGCUGUCAACGGUCAGGAAAGGAAGUGGCGCCAUUUUGAAUACAGUCAAAACCAAGGCAAACCCUGCCAUGAAGACCGUCUACAAGUUUGCAAAAGAUCAUGCAAAAAUGGGAAUAAAAGAGGUGAAAAACCGCUUGAAGCAAAAGGACAUUGCUGAAAACGGCUGCCCCACCGUGCCAGAAGACUCACUGCCACAGUCGGCACCCUCUCCGCUGGACGAAAAGAGAGAUCCUAAACUCCGAGAGGAUCGGCGGCCAAUCACUGUACACUUUGGGCAGCAGAGCAUCCGGCCGGCAAGACCGCCUCCUCCCAAGAUCCACCGGUCCUCCAGGCCCGUUCGGCCUCCCAGACCCCAUGUGGCCAGGAGGCCCAAGAACAAUGUAGCCACUGAUGGCCGAAAGACCUCUGCCUCAAGUCCAGAACACUUGGUAAAGCCCACACGCCAUUAUACGGUCUUUCUCUCGGAGGACUCUUCCGGCGAUGAGUUUCCUCAGGAAGAUGACCCUGGCUCCGCCUUCUCUGACAGCUUCCUCUUCUCUACUCCCUUUGAAUGGCCUCAGCCUUACCGUGCCCUGAAGGAGUCUGACAGUGCAGAUGGAGAAGAAACCAGCCCUGAAAGGCUGAAAGACUCUGGCCACGCAAACCUGCCCAAGCCAGACAUCCCUGCAGGAAUCAGCCUCCUGGAAAGUAUUUUUACAGGUCUGGAUGUAGAGUCACAGCCCCAGACUCUCAGCCAAGCGAAGAGCUUGGAAGACUUAAGGAUUCCCAAGGAGGAUGCAGAUCAGCAGUCUACCUUUGACUACCAGAGAAUGGAUCCUUGCUUUUCUGAAAAAAACUGGGCUUCUCCAGGGAUGAAGCUUUCCCAUCCCUACAAGCAGUUGUGGGGCUUGGGCCACGACGACAUGGCUAUUCCCUCCAAGUACUCCCAAAGCUCCCCGGAGAGGCCGUUUGCUACUCUUGGGAAUGUGCCCCCAGUCCCACUGAGGCCCCGGAGCAGAGAUAGCAUCCUGGACAUCACUGAAAAGGACGCUGGCAGCACCCCUUCCCCGCAAGGGAGCAUUACCAUCCCACGGCCGCAGGGCCGGAAGACGCCAGAACUGGGCAUUGUCCCACCGCCACCUGCACCCAGAUCUUCCAAGCAACAGGCACUACCUGAAGUGGCGGCCCCUCUUUCUGGACACAGCACCCUGGCCUCAGAGAUCAUGCCAGAGACUUUUGGAACCAGAAACGUCUCUCUUGACCCUGAAUUCAGACAACCUGCUGCUGGCUUUGCUGCUCCCCACCCCCAGGCUUUGACCGGCACCAGCAGUGCGACGGAAAUGCUACAGCCCGUCAGAGUCUCCGUGGAGGGGGCCAACAGUGACAGUGACUUCCUCCUUGCUCUCCUAGAUCCACUGAAAGGUGGGACUUGUCAGGAUACUAGUUUCCAGCCAAGUACCCAAAGCCUGUUGGGCUCCGUGUCUCCUAACCCUGCAACUGGCUUUCCCUCAACAGCAAGUGACCUCCUGCCACCGACUUCAGCAUCGUUUGGUCGGCCACUGGGAUAUUCUCCAGCUGUGACACCGUUUGCACCGGCUUCUCUCAACCCAUUUGUGCAGGCAGUGCCAGCGCCUCUGCCAUUAUCCCUGGUUAGGCCCCCUGGUAGCCCCUUUGUACCCUCCCUGGGCCACGCUUACAGUUCCAGCUUCAUCACCUCAAAUUCCACUUUCUACCAACCCCAGAGGCCUCCCCCAAACCCUCUGACGCUCUCCAUGCCCAACCUCUUUGCCCAGUCUCCAGCAGUGACACCCCCUUCUCAAACCCCUUCCCAAAGCAACGUCCCACAACCAGCACAGUUUUGCGGCCCUUCUAAAAUUCGGACAGUGCCCCUUGUUCAUUCCACCUCCAAAACGGAGGCCAAACCGAAGCUGGUUGCAAGGCCCAGUGAUCUGCCACUGGUUCCCCCCAAGGCCAAAGUUGCAGAGGCAGUAUUGCAGGCUUCCAAAUCUCAGGCUAAGCCUCAGCCAAAAGACCCCUUUGAAGACUUGUUAAAUAAGACCAAGCAAGAAAUUUCAGUUACGCCAGGUAAAGUAGAACAGCUGAGGAGGCAGUGGGAAACAUUUGAGUGACUUGCCUUGUGGGCAGCAAUCUUAAAUUCUUUUCUGGGUUGCCUCUUGAGCCAGUACAAUAUCACAGUACUCCGUUGGAAUGGCAGGGUUAGCCAGUGAGAAGCUAGUGCUUGGUCACCAGCUCCAGUGCUGCUGCUGUUGGCAGGAUGUCCUGGCUAGACACUGUUAUGCCACCCGGGUGCCCCAGUGUAGCCCUCACUGGUCCCUCCCCCUUAGGUGUCCAUCAUGCCUGAACACUACCUAAAAGGUGGUCUAAGGGAGUACGGGAGAUCAGACAAUCACCCACUCUUCCAAAUUUCCCAAAGGUAACUACUGAAUUGAAGAAUUUCCCAUUGAUCCCCGCAUCUUUUUUUGCCCAACCUUUUAUACCUGCAGACAUGACCUGCUUCCACCCCAACCCGCUCCAAGCUGAAGUUUCACUUCCUCAACAAUGUGAUCAGUAUUGAA